GCGCACUGAGCGAAUCACAUGAGAAACUUGACAUCACGAGUUUAUCGGUCAGCUGAUAGAUCUUUACUUCGCUCAGGUUUUCAAUCCACCUUUAAUUCGCUAAAUACCUGAAAAAUGGGUGCAGCCGCUUUGCCCGUGAUCAUCUUCACCGCUAUUUGGGGUGCCGUUGGUAUUGGCCUCCCUUUCAUUGUACCCAAAGGCCCGAACCGUGGAAUUAUCCAAGUCGUACUCAUGUUAACAGCAGCUACCUGCUGGCUCUUCUGGUUAUGUUGCUACAUGGCACAAAUGAACCCUCUGAUUGGACCCAAACUAGACAGAGCAACCAUUCUCAUCAUGGCUCAAGAAUGGGGUGGCACUCCUUUGAAAUAAAUGGUAUUCAACACAAGACACACAUUCCAAAUGAAUUGUCUACUAUUAUGUCUUGGUUUUAAGUGUAUAUAGCACAUGGUUAGGUAGGCAGUAAUAAGUUAACUCAUGAUUAAUUUUAAGAUGGAGAAGACACUCGUAAAGCAUAGAGAUUCAUGAUGCAUGUGCAAAAACAUUUCUGUUAAUUGUUGUCUCAUAUUGUGAAAGAAAAUAAAAUGCAAUGAUGUAUGUAAACUAAUACAA